GAAAUUCGAUCAACUUUCCUCAGUCAGCAAAGUUUUGAUCCCAAAACCCCUCGCCCUCGCCAAUCGAUCUCUCUUAUCCAAAAGGCCUAAACCAAAGUCUUAAUCUUGAGACCCUCACCCAUGGACACUCCACGCUACUCUUUGAUUGAAGAGACCGAAGCGCUUAUGGUGGCACCAAAUGGCGGAGACCCAUUUCAGAAAAACGCCCACUUUCUCAAACCCAUUGUGCCUUCCUCCAUUGACGAGCCUCCUUUCAAGCUCUCUCACUGUUUCAACUCCCUCCCAUCCCAUUUCGACCCAAGACUGAAACUUGAGUUCCAUGGAUGGCCACACCCUCAUAAACACUGGACAACAUGGGUUGCUCAAAUGGCCACUACUCACCAACAUACAUGGAAGCAAGCUGGUAUCUAUGAAGCCAUCUUCAACUCGACGUACGAUAUCAAAAGAAUGAACAGUUUGGUGUUUGGGUUUGGAGAGAAAUGGUGUUGUGAAACCAACACCUUUAUGUUUCCUUGGGGUGAAGCAACAUUCACAUUGGAGGAUGUUAUGGUUUUGGGUGGCUACUCUGUUUUGGGUGACUCUGUUCUCAAGCCUCUGGAAAACCCAGGGAAAGAAUUGGAAGAGAAGCUAGAUAGAGAGAGGAAGGAGAUUUAUAAUACUGGGUCCAGGAAGGCUACCACAAGCUUAUGGUUGAACAGGUUCAUGGGCAGUGGGAGUGAAAUUGAGCACCAAGCUUUUCUUGCCUAUUGGUUGUGCAGGUAUGUUUUUCAUGGCGCUUUCAAGUCGAUACAAAAGCAUGUGUUUUCCAUUGCAGUUCAUCUAGCUAGGGGGACUGGAAUCGCGCUUGCUCCGGCUGUUCUUGCCAGCAUUUAUAGAGAUUUGAGUUUGUUGAAAAAUGCUAUUGUAGAGUCAAAUGAAUUAAAUGCCACUACUAAUGAUGAUCAUGUGUUAAAACUCAAUCUUAAGUCACCGUUUCAAUUAGUUCAGGUUUGGGGAUGGGAAAGGUUUUUGGACAUUAGGCCGAAACCCAAUGUUAUCAGAUAUGCUGAGCCGAGAAUGGCUCGAUGGGAUAAAGUAAAGGGUCCGAAUGUUGAAAACUUGAGUACUGUGUUGGACUCAGCAGGAGAAGGUUUCUUGUGGCGCCCAUAUGCGAUUGCUGUGGAGAAUUGGAAAUUGCCUAAAUACUAUGCUGACAAGGAAGAGAGGGUGUUGGUUGGACCAGGUUUGGAUGAUGAACUAUUGUCAUUUGCUGUAUGCUUGCAGGUGAUUCAGUUAGUUGGACUUGGUACUAAGCAACUCUACCUUCCGCAUCGAGUGGCUAUGCAAUUUGGAUAUGAUCAAGACCUUCCAUGUUCUGUUGGUCAACUCAGUCACAGUUCUGAGAAUGUGAAAUUGUAUAUCCCAUCCAGACUUUCUGAGGCAAAUGCUAGUGCAAGAUACUUGAAGUGGUGGAAGGCCUCGGUGAUGGUUGAACACGAGUCUUCGCCACCCAAAAAGAAAGCUAAGAAAACUGCAGUGGGUUCAAAAAAAAUGGACAAGAUCACUGAUGCCACCCUUCCUUGUGUUUAUUCUCCAACUAAUUCAGAUGAAUUAGUACAGCUCUUUUUUCCUCCCCUAUUCCUGUAA